AAUAAACUGUCAAUUUGUUAAAUGCUAUUGAUUAUUACAAAAUGCCAUUGAUUAUGUUUAAUCGCGUGUUUAUAAUACUCGAUAUAAUUUUCAGCAGUUUAUUUUCAGCAAUAGAAAGGCAAAAGAAGCAAUGUUCGUUUAAACGAUACUUAACAGCCAAACGUUUUCGCGCUAGUGUCAAGAUUGCGUGGAAACAGUUGACACCGCGUUUCGGCUUUGACGUAUUAUGGAUGCGCGUCAUCUUGAAUGCGCUCUGUGCAUAUUAGGCCGGGUCAUCUCAUCCCAUUUCAUCUUCUCCCGCUUGAAAAUUGCACAACUCGCGCGACGCGCCUAUUCCCUUUGAGCGAGACCGCGUUUCGCAUCCUUCUCGCACCCUUUUCUCUCUCAGACUCUUUUAAAACCCUUUACGACCUUUUACAUCCCUUUACAAUCAUUUACAACUCUUUUUACGACCCUUUCUACGUUGCAUUAUGUGAUAAACUUUUGCACCAAGUAAUUAUCUUUUCAUAAAAUUCUUUAAUUUCUCUCGCUUAUGCAUGGAGCUCUGUUUCUCGCUACGAAGAUUUGUAUGUAAAAAAUAUUGACUGACGCAUAAGCAGUUCCAUUAACGCGCAUAUGCAUAUGCGCGCGCUAAUGGAACAAAGAUGAACAGAUAAAAAAAAAAGAGAAAUAAUUUUUUUCCCCUCUAUCCCACUUUGUGUUUUGAAAUUUCGCGAAUAUUUGUCUCGGAUAAUUUGCGAUUCGUUAUUAGGCCACUGCUUCACAAUUCAUUCGAAAGAGAAAUCAUUAUUUUAAACAGUCUUUGUUACUCGUGAAUCGACGAGCGGAAAAAUAUACGCGCGGAAAAACCCCUGUUGGGAGCCACCCCGGAUGCUGCUGUAGAGUAGUGCGGAUCAGAGAAGAGCGACAGCGACGAAGGUCCGUGGCGCAGGCGUCAUGAUGGAAGUCGAUAGGUGUCGAUAAUAACAGUUGCGCAGUGCGCACUCGUAGCAGCAGGCGAGCUGCUCGCUCGCUCGCUCGCGCGCCUCGCACAUAACCUUCAAAGUCUUCUGUAAGUGCGGGCGAGGACUGCGAGGAGUGAGGACUGAGGAGGGUGUCGGAGGGUGUCAAUCGUACGAUCGCCGAUCGCCGUCGUCGAUCCGCGCGACGACGUGACGUGACGUGACACCUGUCAGGUGCAGGCCCGCAGGGUGGUGUCUUCCUUUGCGUCCUCGUCGACGCGUACACACAGGACGACCGGAUGGAAGAUUAGAAAGUAUAUGGACUGUCGAGAAAGGUUGCUCGCUCGUACGAAAGAUGGGUCAUGGGUCAAGUCGCUCUACUUCGUCGAAUAUUCUUUCCACGGAGGAAUUGACAUUAGUGGAAAACCUCUUUAAAUCUAUGUCUCGCAGCUCAGGUUCCAUCAAACGCGAGGACAUAUUCAAGCACUGGUCCGUACAUUUGGACGAUGCGUUAUUACAGUUUGUGGUCCGAUUUCUCUGUCACGAUCCAGGAAAGAAGGUCUCGGCCAUCAAUGGAGAGAACUUUGGCCGGCUCUAUGUCUUUGCUGUACGCGGUAAUCCCGAGGAACGAACUAACCUGAUCUUUGAUGGUUUCUCGGAGGAAGAGCAAAAAUACGAAAUACCCACCACUUCGUUCCUUCAAUAUAUUCAAGCAACGAUUAACUCUUACUUGCGACUGCAGAAAAACUCUGGCAAUGCCCACUACCUCACUUGGAGUAGUAUUGGCUGCACUGUCAACACUAGGCGCAUAGGGAUGCGUUCUCGCACUCUCUGUGAGGAUCUGAUUAAGUAUGGGGACGUGUUGACCAUCGAUCAAGUGGAAAAUUGGUUCACGACAGCUGCCACGUUCAAGAAUAUUCAAUCGCACGUUUUUCAAUAUCUUUAUCUCGUCUCGCAAAAGAAGGGUAGCGAUAAGAAUACGGGAGCACGAAUAAAUGACUUGAAUCUUUUGCCGUUGUGCAAAGGUUUGGAAAAUAUACCGCACUUUCCAAGUAUAUUAGGCUUAGGAGACGUUCUGUUCCUAAAUUUGAGUCUGCCACACGAGUUACGUGAUGAAUGGCGAUUUCUGUUUUCGAGUCAGGUGCAUGGCGAAUCGUUUUCGACCAUGUUAGGAAGGAUUGUGAUGCAAGGUGCUACAAUAAUCAUACUACAAGAUAUGGAUGACCAUGUAUUUGGUGGUUUCGCUUCGGACAGCUGGAAACUAGGGCCGAAUUUCAUAGGAAAUCAAACGUCAUUCCUAUUCAAGCUUGAGCCGGAAAUUUUGACAUUUUCAUCUACGAAUUACAACAAUCACUAUCAAUAUCUCAAUCUCCAUCAGCAAACGAUGCCUAAUGGCCUGCUUAUGGGGGGGCAGCUUAAUUAUCCCGGCCUCUGGUUGGAUUGCGAAUACGGCACCGGAAAAUCGAGCUUGUCGUGCACAACUUUUCAAAAUUAUGUACAGCUUAGUGGUAAGGAAGACUUUAAAAUCAAACACUGUGAGGUAUGGGGAGUCGGUCCAGUGCCAGACGCGGAAGAGGACGUGCGCGAAAUAAAGUCUGUGUUGGAUCAAGACCCAACAUCAAAGGUCAUACUAGAAUUGUCUGGUCGUAAGUUACACAGUGAGGGACUUCGCGAGGAUCCAGAGUAAUUGUGAUAAAUAUAGAGAUUUUUAUGAGAACUUGAGCAGAGAGAGAGAAAAAGAGAGAGAGAGAGAGAGAGAGAGAGAGAGAGAGAGAGAGAGAGAGAGAGAGAACACUAGUUGUAAAGAUAUUUACAGUUAUUUAAGAUUGAUCAAUUGAUUUUACACAAAAUCUAUAUAAAUAUUGUUAUCGAUUCUUACAAUUGUAAUUGGAUAUAUGCGGGUAUAAGAAACGUAUUAAAAAACUCAUAUAAUAAUAUUUAUGAUCUAAAAGUCCUCCCAUUUUACACGAGUGUAUAUCUUUGAAGUUGAAACGAAUUCACGUGAUAGCGACAUGAGAAACAAUUGAAAUACAUCAAGAGAAACGAAUUAUAUUACGAAAAUUGUUAUAAAAGUUUGAGUGAAAAAGUUUGGCUUGUCUGUAUGAAUGAAUUCCGUAAACAUUUUUACAGACUUGAGUGAGACUAUUUGUUUGUAAUUAUUUAUCAGGUAUAUUAUUAUAGGACUUUUGUCCCCUUUUUAUAACGGCCUGAUAUCUCUCGAUUCGCGAUUGUUUCUUCGAUCAUUCGAUAUUUAUCAUGUAAUUUUAUUAUGUCGUGUAUAUGUGUUACUUAUGAAUUCAGUGCUAUGAUAUUAAAGAAUGCCGAAUUGUUGCGUGGCCUGAAUGCCUAUUGUCCAGUGCCUGACGAGUCGUUAUAAUUGUUAAUUUACCGUUCUCUGCGUAUGUUGAUUAUUCAUAAACGAACAACCGUGUGCCAUACAAAUUGUUUUUGUUAACUAAGACUGUAUAAUUGUCGUGCAAAAAAUAAAAGGAAAUAUGCAAACACUCUGACCGUUUGCCAAUUAUAAAGUAAAAAAAAAAAAAAAUGCACUAGUGUAAGAUCUACUAAAAGUUCAAUAAACAAUCAAAACCAUA